UACUGUGUAAGUAGUAAUGUUCGAGAAUGAGUUUAAAUUCUCGAAGAAAGUUGCGCACGGGGGUCUCAUUAUCACUUCGCAAAUACAUGCAUUAUGCAUGAGCGCGGAAGAUGGCUUCCGGCACUUCUCUUGCCGUGCGCGCCCAUUACAUCACUCUCGUUACGGCUAUCUUGUGUAACGCUCAUCGCUCGAGAUUGUGCUCAUUUCGGCUCUCUUGAUUUUUUUCUAUCGUGCAUCAUUUUGGUGAGUGAACAACCGAGACUGCUCUAUUAUCAGCCCUCAUCAGGAUUGAAGUGUCGAGAUCACUGUGCUGCCGAAUAUUGAAAGGAUACAGCAUCACGCUGCAUUCAUGCUCAUCACGUGGUGUUCACGUGGCCGGCAAGUGCAACUGUAAUCUCGCGCCUCUCCUUUUGAUCAACUCAUUUGGAGAACAUUCUCUCAAUUUCUCCAAGGUUUUAAUACAGUGAUCAGCUCAGACUUGUCAUUGUGUCAGCUCGAUUUUCGUUCCGCGAUUUUCGUUGACGCGUGAAAAACUUUAAUAGUGUGGAGACACUCACGGUUAUAGUGAAAUCUGUGACAUAAACUAAGUGAAUCGCGACAUAGACUAUAGGAACCUUUUUUCGCUCGCAGUCCCAGCAUUUUUGUGACAAUUUAGCUAAUUUGCAAACAUAGUAAUCUGUUGCGGAAACUUUUUUGACAUGUGUAUAUGCAUAUGUCAUAUGACAUGUGCAUAUAUGAAAUCUAUAUAAAAUAAUAAGUAUUUUCUAACCGUAAAUAUAAAAUAUAUUGUAAAAAGUGACUUAUUGGUAGGCGUGAAGGGCGGAAGCUUUUUUGAUGUUGAGAGGGUUUUCGAAAGAAAAUAGUAAUGUAAUAUCAAUUCUUUUUAGAGCUAGAAAAGUUGAGACUUUAGGAGUUUAGUUCUUCGACUAAUAUAAGCAAAAGAAACAAGGGGGAGAAGCUCUUUGAGGACGGAGAGCAGUUAAUAUCAGUGUUCAAGACAGGAAGAAGUUAUAGGAAGGAUAGAAGGCUAUUGAGCCUGAUAAAAAGUUGAGAAUUAGAAUGGGUGACAGAAUGGAUUGUAAAAAGGAGCUUUUAGCACCGAAGAGAGCGGCUACUGAAAAAUUUCUUAAAGAAAUACAUGAGCAUAGCAGAGGACCAACAAGAACAGGAAGAAUGGAUGACGAUGAGCGGAAAGAAAAAGAAGUUAGGAAAUAACAAGAAAGAAAAGGAAGGAGAAGGGGAAAAACGCGCGCAAGAACACUACAACCUAAUUGGAGAACUACUACGCAAGUAAGUCAGUAAGCCAAUCAUAGCACAGAUGGACGUAACAGAAGAUUCAGUUACAGACACGCAGAUAAGAUAAAAAGAAAGCGCGGGACAAGCGGUACAGGGUAAAGAAUUAAACAUGUCGAAAAACAAUGUUAGAAGUGAUGAAGCUAAUUAUAGAAGGUUGAGAGAAGUUUAUGUGAACGAAAAUGGCAUAUUAAAACAUGUCAAUGAGAUAGAUCUAACACAAAGUACAAAAAAAGUUUGGUUCGAUGAGGACUGGAUCUGCAUUAAUACAAUUUUUAAAUGCUACAAAGAUUAACUCAGCAAUGAGCAGGAUAAACGAGGAUUCGGCGAUUACAGGCGUCUUAUGGCGGCUUCAAUAGAAGAAAGAAAUACAUUUUAUAAAGGAGUUGUUCCCAGGAUGCAUCCUGGAAAUAUGAUGGAAUUCUUCGAUAGCAUUAUUCACCUAGAGGACAUUUUGAGAAUGGAAAUACUCACAAGGAAAAAGUGGGAUGACGUCAAUAAAAGGAAGAUAGAGAUACUAGUGGGCCAAGUGGUGAUUAUGUUCAAAGGAAAUCAACCAAGAACCUCAUUGGAUCUCUUUGGAGAUCAAUUCUCAAUGAAGGUGAGACCGUACGUUAUGCCCAUCGUGCAAUGUUUUAAAUGCUUAAGGUUCGGUCACAGAAAAAAUAACUGCAAGAGCAAAGAGCGUUGCAUCGUGUGUGGAGAAAAGGCCCAUGGAAGGUGCGACAGGCAAGAUAGAUGCAGAAACUGCAAUGGAGAGCAUAGAUCAACUAAUAAAAAUGCUAUGCAUAGGAAAGAAAUCAGAAUCUGUAUAUAAUCAUCUCUAUAUUGUCAUGUGCUAUCUACAUCU